AGCAGCGUUUGCUUUAUUCUGGGUGUUCCGCCUGCUCAGUUAUGGUUGUUCCAGGCAGUGUUUUUCGGGCUGCCGAGGGUUUUGCCAGCUGGCUCUGAUCCCAAAGGCUGGCAGCGGACCUGCAGCCCCCCGGGCAGAGCAGGGGCAGCUUGGACACCCAGCACAGAAAGGGGCUCGCCCACCUGUGGGCAAAACACUGCAGGCUGGAUUAAUUUGUAAUAAGAUGUAGUUGUGUCUCCCUUAGGAGCUCCAGGGGUAUUUUCCACCCUGCAGCUGCCUCGCUGUAACCCGGACACAUUGUCCCGGUAGGAACACUGCGGGACUCCGCAGCAGCUCCCGUGGAGUUUGGGGACGUCCUUCCCACAGUUUCCUCAGAGAGCAUGGAGAGAGGUAGCACACGAGGGGAUGCUCUAAAGCCGCCUCGGGGGAAGUUCAGGCUGGCUAUCAGGGAAGCUCCUCAGGGAGAGAGCGGGAAUCCCUCGCGGGGAUCCCAGACCCGUUACGGUUGGCAGGGAGCUCCGGAGAUCGCCAGCCCAACCGCCCGCCAAGGCAGGGUCACCUGGAGCAGCGACACAGGAACGCGUCCAGUGGGCUCUCACUGUCUCCAGAGAGACAGAGACUCCACGGUCUCCCUGAGCAGCUGUUCCAGCGCUCUGCCACCCUCAGCUUAAAAACUUCUCCCUCAGGUUGGCGAACUUCUCGUGUUCUAGUGUACGGCCCUCGCUUCCCGCCCCGUCUCUAGGCAGCACCGAGAAGAGUCGGGCACAGUCCCGCAGACGCCCGCCCGCGAACGGCGCCCCUGAGGGCAGGGGUGGCGGCCCACGCCCUCAGGCGCCGCAGCAGCGCCCACGGUUCCAUUCUUCCAUUCCCCCAUUCCCACAUUCCCAUUCCCUGCGGGAACGCCGGGGCGGGCCGCCCGUGACGGCUGCGGAAGAGGCGUCACAGAGAGGCGGUGCCGUCCCCCCGCGGAGGAAGGACGGGCUCCAAGAUGGCGGCGCCGGAGGAGCGGCUCGUGUCGGAGGGCGAAGGCGGCGCCCCGGGCUCGGCGCGGCUCUCCCCGGCCCCGCUGCCGGAGGCCGCCGAGCCGCUGGCGCCCAUGGAGCCGCCGCCUCAGAGCAACACGCUCAUGGGGCUGCCCAUCGUGGCUAUCGAGAGCAUCCUCAGCUUCCUGUCCUACGAUGAGACGAGCCAGCUGCGCCUGGUUUGUAAACGAAUGGACUUGGUUUGCCAGAGAAUGUUAAAUCAGGGAUUUCUGAAAGUGGAAAGAUACCACAACUUGUGUCAAAAGCAAGUCAAAGCUCAACUUCCAAGACGGGAGUCAGAAAGGAGAAACCAUUCAUUAGCUCGCCAUGCAGACAUCCUCGCUGCUGUAGAAACGAGGCUCUCUCUCUUAAAUAUGACUUUCAUGAAGUAUGUGGAUUCCAAUCUCUGUUGCUUCAUACCUGGAAAGGUAAUAGAUGAAAUUUAUCGAGUGCUAAGAUAUGUAAACUCUACAAGAGCUCCUCAGAGAGCUCAUGAAGUUCUUCAAGAACUAAGGGACAUUUCCUCCAUGGCUAUGGAAUAUUUUGAUGAGAAGAUUGUUCCAAUACUGAAAAGAAAGAUGCCUGGGUCAGAUGUAUCGGGACGUCUAAUAGGAACUGCCCCAGUUCCAGGGCCUUCUGCAGCGCUGACAACAAUGCAGCUGUUCUCCAAGCAGAGCCCUUCCAGGCAGGAGGUCACCAAGCUGCAGCAGCAGGUGAAAGCCAACGGCACGGGCCUGACGGCGCUAAAGCGGGAGAUCUCGGAGCUGCGCGUCAAGGUGCAGGAGCAGCAGAAGCAGCUCCAGGAUCAAGACCAGAAACUGCUUGAGCAAACCCAAAUCAUUGGGGAGCAGAACGCCCGCUUGGCCGAGCUGGAGCGCAAGCUGCGAGAGGUGAUGGAGAGCACAGUAGGGAAUUCUUCAGCUUCCGGCUCAAAUGAACAAUCUCCCAGGAAACGGAGGAAGGCCGUGGAUUCCACAGACUGUCCUAGGAAAUCGAAACGCCUUCGGAGCAGAAAAUAGCUGGGGAGGAAAUGGCGCCUUCAGGAGGAUACACUGCUCUAGUAGCCCAAGCAGGCCUGCUUGUUUGGAUACUGUGACCAGCUUCAUGGUGUCACUUAGGCUGCUGGCUCUUCAAAACACCACUUAGACUUGAACAGUAAUUUUCUUUCAUCGACUUUUCCCCUGCUUUCUAUAUGGGUGGGCCUAAUGCACAGAAUCUUUAAGAUUUGCAAUAGCUACAUACUAACCAGACCUGCUCUGUUAUGUUUUGAAGGGUUAACCUUUUUUUUCCGUGCAGAUGUGUUUCAAGUAAACUUAUUUGUGUUUAUGCAUAUGUUCACAUGAAAUCUUAAAUAAAUUGUCUUAACUGACUAAAUGGUUAAGAGUAAAAACAGAUGUCCUGCUCACUUGAAGGAAAGAUCUGCUUUUAAAACCUUGUUUCUGAGAACUUGACCUUUUUUGUUACAAGUGACCUUGUCUGGAAUGUCUGAAAAGUAGUUAAUACUUUUUGGGGUUCUCUGUAAUGAGUAAAACUGACUUCUUAAGCUACAGUAUUGGCUAUAUAUUUUUGUAAACUUCGUGGAAGGGCCUUCUAUCCAGUCUUCACAUGCACACACCCUGGUUCUAGGUCUUGGGAGCCAUAUUCUACAUUUGCAUGGAUAGAUGCAUGUACAGCUUAGUCAGCCUGCCAAAAGCACUUGCCUGACUUGCCUGAAACUGUUCCAAACUCUGGGAGAGAGCACAGAGACGUGUCAAGCAAUUCCUUUGUUCCUCAGCCAUAACAGUCUCUGCUUUCAGCACAGCAGCUUCCUUGCAGCGAGGUGAUCUGGGGAGGUGAGCAGCAGGAGCGUUUGAGCCUGGGCUGUGUGGCUGCCCCUCGCCCUGCCUGGAAGGCAGGGAUUACUCUUAGCCAAAGCUGGAGAAUGGAGAGGCUGCCUGUGCAUCACUUGGGUCAUAGGCCAGCACUGAACACCUGCAAAUUCUCCCUGGAGUCACCAAGCUCUGGGAACAUCAUUUGAGUGAAAUGCUGUAUUAUGGGAAAACUUAAACUAUUCUGUGUGUCUGUGUUGGGGUUAUGGCAGAAAUUUCUCUGUAACAGUGAUGACAAUAUUCUAAGCUUUCCUUAUCCUAGAAGGUAAAUUACUUCAGACUUCACUGAAAAGGUAAACCACUUCAGAGCUUUAAUUUCUUUUGCACUUCUGUUUUGAGCUUGUAACUGGAAAAGCAUGUCUUGCACUGUUCAGUCUCUCUGGUCACUUUAACCACCUCAGAGUUGUGUACAGUGAUUAUUCCCUCCCUGCCAUCUGUAUAUUUUUGGAAUCUUAUACAAAUACCAUUGUCCUUGUUUUUGUUUUAAUGUACUAAACUAUGUAGCUUUAUAAUUUGA